AUGGGUGCGGGGGCGCGGGGUCCAAAGCUUCCUAAGCGCAGUGCCAUAGAACGCCUAACCAGGAAAGGGCCGGAAUGCCUGCCAGAAAUGAUGGCCAUGCUAUCAUGCUUUAAGGACAGCAACUUCAACGAGGCACGGUGUGCCGGCCAGAUGCGCUCUCUAUCCGAAUGCGUCAGUCGGCAGCCGGAGGCAAAGUCGAAAAAGAGCACAGUUUUCUAUCACCUCAAACGCUUGUAUUACAUGCAAAGAAGAUAAGUUUCCC